AUGGACUUCUGGGACCAGCCUUACUACUGGUUGACGAAAACUGUGCUUCGUGCGAUUGGUCACUGGCCCUUUCAGGCCCGGAGGGAACGCAUCAUAUGCCGCAUAAUCCUGCACUUUAUUUAUUGGAUUCAAGUUAUACCAGAGGUUAUUGUUGUUGUACGGCACUUCGAUGAUGCUGACCUCGUCAUGGAAACGGUGAGCUCAUUCCUGAUUGAUAUAGGGGCCAUAGCCAAUAUAUGCACCUUCAUCGUCUACUCUGAUAAGAUUCGAAACCUUUUGGAAGAGAUCAAGCAAAACUGGAAAAUUUUUCCAAAGCACAAUGGAUUACAACUACUUCAUCAAUAUUCUCAAUCGGGAAGGACUAGAUCAAUAGUAUAUUCAGCCUAUCUCUGGGCCGCGUGGUCGGUAUUUGUUAGUGAGCCAGUACAUUUCAGACUGGUUCGUCUCUUCAUACCAUCAAAUAAAACAUUGCCAAUGAGGUUCGCUAUACCAGUAGAUUAUGGUCCACUUGACGUGGAGAAACAUUAUUACACUAUUUUAGUCGUGGCAGCUAUAUCGAUAUUCGCUAUUGUCACGCUGAUUAUCGCUGCUGACUUAUUGCUAUUUCUGUACGCACAUCAUGCUUGUGGACUACUCGCCGCAUUGGGAUUGGCCAUCGAAAAUUUACCAGUUGAUGCCACUUCUCCGAGAAAGGCGACCGAUGAUGAGUACCAGUAUAUGAAGAACUGUAUCGUACUACAUAGUCGAACAAUUCGAUUUUCAGACACCGUUGAAGAGAUUUUCUGCUGGAACUUCUUUAUGACCAUCGGACUCAAUAUGAUUGUCAUCAGCAUGACUGCAUUCCAGGUGGUAACUAAUCUGAAUACCCUACCCAGACUUUUCAAGACCUUAGUUUUUGCAGUGGCUUCAGUGAUGCAUCUGUUUAUCCAGUGUUUCAUGUCGCAACAGAUUAUAGACCUCAGUCUUGCGAUUGAACAAAGCCUGAUGAACGCAAAAUGGUAUCACGCUACAAGACGAACCAAGCAGUUGAUGCAAUUUAUGAUGGUGAGAAGUCAUUUUCCAUGUCAGUUGACUGCAGGUAGAAUGAUGCUAAUGUCUCUGGAUACAUUCAGUUCUGUCAUCAGAACAUCCGUAAGUUACUUCAUGGUAUUUAUGGAUAUGCAGUGAAUGAUCAACUUGAAAUGCCC